CUCACAACCAACAUUUUGAUCUCGACUGGUCGCCUAUUGCCCGAUGCAUGGCUCGCCCCAUACCUAACGAGGCCAUGAUACGAAAGAUCUCUCCAUUUUGCUCGCCUUCGACCUUUCCACCAUUUGAGACCUUUGCGCGCAAGCCUUCGCCAUGGAGAAGUACUCCCAGUUCCGCGAUCGAGGAUCUGGAAUAGCUCCAUUCUUCCCCGUCACCUCAACUCCAGCGGGCAUCUACCUUCCCGUCCAUAUCUUCCUAUUUCUUUUCAAAUUACCGUUCUUCGUCACCGUUGCGACCACAUACUUCCUCUUCCUACAAUGGUUCCCACUGGGUUCGCUGCCGAAGAAGGCAAUACUCUGGAUGAUGCUCGGCAUUCCCGGAAUAUGGUGGAUUGAUCUACAAAUCGAUGGAGUCAAGAAAGGGUCACUCGCAAAGAAGCAUGAGGGUCGUGUGCCCCAGCCUUCGAACGUAAUCGCAUCAUCGUUCACCUCCCCCAUCGAUUCCCUAUACCUUGCGGCCAUCUUCGACCCCAUAUUUACGGUCUCGUACCCCCAUACACGCCAAAUUCAAGAAAUCUCGCUCUUUGGCGCAAUCCUUCGAGCCCUAUUGAGACCACAGGAGCAUCCUCCCAAAGGGGCGAAAAUGACGGAUCUGAAGGAUCUUCUCGCUGAGCAUCCACAACGAGUUAUUGUGGUCUUCCCCGAAUGUACGACCACGAAUGGUAAAGGAAUCCUGCCCUUCAGCCCGAGUCUUCUGACCACUCCCCCUGGAACCAAGAUCUUUCCCGUCAAUCUUCGAUACUCCCCGCCAGACGUUACAACGCCCGUUCCCGGGCUUUAUUUUUCUUUCAUAUGGAACCUCCUCUCCAGACCAACGCACUGCAUUCGUGUCCGGAUUGCAGAGGUCGUUUAUAAUACUUCGAAGCCUACGGACCCAGUGGCAGAGAAGAAAGAGCGAUACCUAACCAAUUUCCUUGAUACUUUAGGAGAAGAUUCGGCGAUGACGAGCAGUACGGAUACUUUGGCAAGCCUGAGCGAUCAGCCUGCCGAAGUGAAUGCAGAGGAGAAGAGAAUCCUUGAUAAAGUUGGAGAAGCACUUGCUCGUCUGGGUAGAGUCAAGAGAGUGGGGUUGACAGUGAAGGACAAGGCUGCUUUUAUCGAUGCAUGGUCUAAGAGAAAGCGGUAGAUCUCAUAACUAGAUUUGCCUUUUGGCUUUUGGGGGGGGGUUGUGUUAAAUAGGUAGCGACAGCAUAGCUUGCAGAUUCCCAAUCCAAACAUUGUCUUCAUGGCGAGGCUUUUGGCCCCGAUACCUCUUUUGCUGCCAGGCCGUUUUCUU